UAAUUGCCCUAAAUGGGAGGCCGCGAAAGGGAGGCGGUUUCUGUUCGUUGAGGCGGUGUCUGCUCUGCCUGCUUCAGACUGCGGCGGGCAGAGCUGUUCGUUACAGAAAUGGCGGAGGGGGAGUUGGACGUCGACUCGCUGAUUUCCAGGCUUUUAGAGGUGCGAGGAUGUCGUCCAGGGAAGAUUGUCCAGAUGACGGAGGCGGAGGUCCGCGGCCUCUGCAUCAAGUCCCGGGAGAUCUUCCUCAGUCAACCAAUCCUUCUGGAGCUGGAGGCUCCUCUCAAAAUCUGUGGUGACAUCCACGGACAGUACACAGACCUGCUGAGGCUCUUCGAGUAUGGCGGCUUUCCUCCAGAGGCUAACUAUCUGUUUCUAGGAGACUACGUGGACAGAGGGAAGCAGUCUCUGGAGACUAUCUGCCUGCUGCUGGCAUACAAGAUCAAAUACCCCGAGAACUUCUUCCUGCUCAGGGGCAACCACGAGUGUGCCUCCAUCAACCGUAUUUACGGCUUCUAUGAUGAGUGUAAACGCCGAUUUAACAUCAAGCUGUGGAAAACUUUCACCGACUGCUUCAACUGCCUGCCCAUCGCCGCCAUCGUGGAUGAGAAGAUCUUCUGCUGUCAUGGAGGCCUCUCUCCUGACCUGCAGUCUAUGGAGCAGAUCAGGCGCAUCAUGAGACCCACAGACGUGCCAGACACAGGCCUGCUGUGCGACCUGCUCUGGUCUGACCCGGACAAGGACGUCCAGGGCUGGGGAGAGAACGACCGCGGCGUCUCCUUUACCUUUGGAGCUGAUGUGGUCAGCAAGUUCCUCAAUCGCCAUGAUCUGGAUCUCAUCUGUAGAGCCCACCAGGUGGUAGAAGAUGGUUAUGAGUUCUUUGCCAAGCGGCAGCUUGUGACGCUCUUCUCAGCUCCCAACUACUGUGGAGAGUUCGACAACGCUGGUGGCAUGAUGAGCGUGGAUGAAACCCUGAUGUGCUCCUUUCAGAUCCUGAAGCCGUCUGAAAAGAAGGCCAAGUACCAGUACGGAGGGAUGAACUCCGGUCGACCCGUCACUCCUCCCCGCACAGCCCAACCUCCAAAGAAACGAUGAAGCAGAGACACAGAGACGUCAACUACCGUUUCGUGUGUUUCACCACACAGAAUAAGUAAAGGCAACACUUGGCAGAAGAGGAGCAGAUCAGUGCAACUCUUUUAAAAGACACACCCAAAUCAGACUUUCAUUUGCAUCUUUAUUUUUCAUCCCCUGAACUGCUGUCACCCUUCUUCCUCCGUGCACCCCCCUCCCCCCCCCCCCCCCCCCCCCCCCUGCCCCCCUGCAUCUGUGUAACAUUUGUAAAACAAAGUGUUAAGAGAAAUAAGAAAACAGUACAAGGGGGUCAUUCUGUAGCAUAUCGGAGUGCUUUUUUGUUUUGUUUUUGUUUUGUCUGUGUCUUUUUUCUUCUCCUUUUUUGAGAACAGAAUGACUGCUAAUUUAGUUUACCACAUCUCCUUACCCCCCUGCCUGUACAGACACAACAGGUAUUAAUGACAACUGCUGGGUUUUCAAUAAAUAAUACAGGGAAGAAAUGUG